AUGCGAGCCUUCCUAAGGAGUCCAGAGGGGUGUUUUCUGCUGAGACCACACACCACGACCAUAGGCAGGCACGAAGGGGCCGACAUCGUCCUGCAGUCCGCAGGUGUAGCAGAGCAGCACGCAGCCCUCGAAUUCACCGCCUCCGAUGGCAGCUUCACCCUCCAGGACCUCAACUCCCUCCACGGCACCUUCGUCAAUGGCUGCCAAGUCCAAAAUGCGGCUGUGAAAGUGAAGCCGGGGGAUAUCCUGCGUUUCGGGACAUGUGGAGCACCCUUCGAGCUGGUGGUGGAUGGGGGUGCCCAGCGGGAAAAGCUUCAGCAAGGGGAGAAGGAAAUGGGUCACCUCCCUGGUUUGGAAGCAGAAGCGAAGCAGAAAGAUGCGGUGAUAAGGGAUCUGCAGGAGGAGAUUGCAGCCAUGGCAAAGACCCUGGCACAGGCGGCGGUGAGGAACGAGGUGGAGCUGACCCAGAAGCUGCACACCUUCGACCAGGAGCUGGGAGCCAAAACGGAGGAGAUCAAAGCCCUGAGGGAGCAGGUCAGCAACCUGCAGAAAGGCUCAAGCCAGGUUUUCAGCCAUUCCCUCUAUGAAAGAGACCUGGAGAUUGGAAGGCUGCGGAAAGAAAGUGAGAAGGCAAAGAGGGACCACGCGCUGGCAGCAGGUCUGGUGAGCAGCCUGCAAAGGGAGAUUGAAGGGAAGGAGCAGAAAAUGCAGCAGCUCAGGCAAGACAUUGACAGAAUGAAGAAAGAAAGCAGAGAAAAGGACAAUCAGCUCGCAGUCGUGUCUGCCAAGGUGAACAUCCCUGAUGAGGGACUCAGUAAAUUAUGGUCUCAUUGCGCUAGAAUUAAGGAGGAAACACAGCGUGAACUUGGAGAGCGGGAAGCGAUGGCGUGCCAAAAGCGCAUCGGGGAGCUGGAGCGGGACCUGGAGGGGCUGUGGGAGGAGGCACAGAAGCACCACGCCGAGCAGGAGAGCACCCGAAAGCAGCUGGCUGAGCAUGCCAAGGCUGCGGAGGAGCUGAGAGCGGCCGGUGCCAGGCAGGCACUGCAGCUGCAGGAGAUGGGGCGCAGGGAGCGGCUGCUGCGAGCAGAUGCAGCGCGGGCCAAGGAGCAGCUGGAGUCCUUCAAAACCCAAGUGAUGCGAGCUUGUUCUCUGGCAGCAGCAGGAAGUGCAGGGAAAGCCAUAACAGAGCAGCAGGUGGUAGAGAAGGUGAGGCAGAUCUCUGAAGAAAGCCAACAAAGCCGUGAAAGAGAGAAGUGUCUGCAGGAGGAAUUAAGCUCCAGGCUCUCAAAGGAAAAGGAAGUGUCUGAAAAUGUGGAGGUGUUCACUAAAUCCCUGUGUGAGCUCCAGAUGUGCCUGAGGAGCUCCUGCAGCAGCGCCAGCCUGCGAGGAGAACUGGAGAGACUGGAGGCACUGGGCCUCGGCCCUGUCGUAGCAGCCAUCGUGGCGGUGGUGGUGGAGACACUGCGCAUGGUCCUGUCCUGGCUGGAGGACGCGGAGCAGCUUCUGGCCAGCGCAGGGAUGGACCUGGACACCUCCAGCAAAGGGCUGUUGGCUGCUCUCAGGAAAUUGUUGGAGAACAGUAAGGAAACUGCACAGAGGAAUCAGAUAUUGCAGGCCCAAUUAGAGAGGCUCCAGGAGUCACAGGCAGCGUUGCUGCAGGAGCAUGUGAAGGAGCUGGAGGCGAAACAAGAGCAAGUGCUGCAGAUAAAAAUCCAGCAAAUUAUAUUGGAAAAGGAUAAGGAGACUAAAGAGUGGGCUGUCGAUUCGCAGAUUCUGGAGAGAGCUGUCGCUGAGGAGAAGGACAAGUGGGAGCAAUCCAUGGAGGAAGAAAACAGGAAGAUCGAGGAGCUGGAAAGCCACCUGAGAAGCAUGACUGAGGCAAUGGAAAUGAAGGCAAAGGAGCAGGAGGUUACGGAUGGCAAACUGAGAGAAGCCAUGCAGAGCCUGGAGGAAGCCGCAAUGCGAGAGAUGACACUACAGCAGCAGGUGCUCCUGCGAGACGAGCAGCUCGGGGCCCUUCAGGAGGAGAAUGAGCUCCAGAGGCGGAAACUGCAGGAAGAAAUAGCGGAGUAUAAAGAGCAAAGCAAGCAACAUUCCCUGACGAUUGUGGCUUUGGAGGAGAAGUUGGUGGAGGCCAAGCAGCAGCAGAAGACACUGGAGGAGGAAAGGGCGGCGCUGCUGGCCGAACUGGAAGGUUUUCGGGGUGAUGCCCUCAAGUCGACAUCAGGAGCACAGCCAGAGGCAUCUCCUGUCACAGAGCCACACUGCUGUCUGAGGAAAUUCAGGGAGAAGCUGGCAGCAGCGCAGAGCGUGCUCCUGUCCAAAGAGGCCAUCAUCGCCGGACUGACCAAGGAGCUGGCAGAGACCAGAGCCAGGAUGUCGGACAUGAGAGGGGAGCUGAGCGAGGAGCAGAAGGUGGAGCUGGAGAGGAACCAGAGCCGGGUGAAAUGCCAAGAGCGAGACCUGAGCCUGCUGAGGGAGAAGCUGUCCCAGAUGUCCAGCCUGGUGCAGGAGAAGGAUCAAGCCCUGAAAGCAGCAGCUGAAGAGUUAAGGCAAGCCCAAGCUGACUGCCAGGCUCUGAGGGCUGAUGCCACCCGAGAAACGGUGGAAAAGCCAGAGGAUGCUCCUGAGGUGCCAGCACCAGCGGGCAAAGCCUCUGAGAGGGACCCAAUGUUGGACUUGGCCAACCUCGGCAUGAAAUGCCGAGGCCUCAGGCAUGAGGAGACGAUCCAGCGCCAGAAAGAAGGCUUGGCCGAGCUCCGGGAGAGGAUAAAGAUGCUGGAGAAGAAGCAACCCUCAGCUGUCUUGAAGAAGAGCUUGGAGCCACUGGUGGUCCUGGCAAAAGACUUACCAGAGAAAAUAGUCCAGAAAAUGGGGCUCGAGAAGGAACCUGCACCAGAGUUGGGAACAAAGCUGCAGGCCGGCAAGGUUCUUGGCCAUGUAACUAACAGGGGCUUGCAUGGGGCCACUGGUGGGGCAGCGAGCUUGGAGAUGGCUGAUGUGAUGGACCUUGGCGAGAAGAUGUACCUUGAUGUAGUUGGUGCGCUGGGGAGCCUGAUGGAGGUGAAGGAGCUGUCAGGAGUGCAGUCUCUGAGGCAUCUUCCUCUGGAGGAGAGGGAAAAAGCAGCAAUGCAGAGGCAGAAGGACCUGGAGCUGCUGUACAAGAAGAUCAGAAGCCUUAAGAGUCGCCUGGAGAGAAAAGAAGAAAUGCUGAGGGAGUACGAGACCAGCAUGGAGCAGCUCAGGCUGAACCAAGUGUCCUUGCAAAGAUGCCAGGAGGAGAUGUCCAAACUGGAAGAUGAAGCCUACAGGGAGGCAGAGGAGAAGGCUCUGCUGCGAGAGGCCCUGGAGAGGACACAGCUGCAGCUGAGCCAGGAGAGGAGGCUGCUGCAGGCGUCCAAACCUCACCAGCCUGCAGCCAAGAAGCCUUUAAGCUCGGGAAAGCCGAAGGCGAAAGGACGAGCAGCAGAAGCCUGCAAGACGGGAAGCACAUAG